CAGCAGGGCCGAGCUCAAUUUGAAACUGAAGAGCAACCUGAGCGGAAUAAUCGGACAUCAUGAAGCAUUUAUUUCGUCUCCCUGAUUGUCGUUAUUAUUAGACUUUCAUAAAAAUGAACCGAUGCGCAAACAUUAGUCUGUUUCUCGCUGUGGAUUUUCUGCUGUUUCUAAUGGGCUUAUCAAAGGACACACCGACGCUUGGCUUCAAAGGUAGUCCGAGGCUACUCUUUCCUGAUAUAAUCAAUGGUAGAUAUCAGCAUGAAGUUAAUCAGACCCACACUGUCUUCUUCUAUAAAGACCAAUAUCUUUAUGUUGGAGGGAUGGAUUUUGUUAUUAAACUAAAUACAAAUGAUUUUCAUGUCAUAAAGAAGUUUCCAAUCCCAACGACUGGAAGGCAUCAUUGCUUUGACGGUCCCUGUAAAAAUGUAAUCACCGUCAUUGAGGAGUUCCAGGAUGGCCUGCUUGUUUGUGGAACAAAUGGACACAAACCGUGGUGCUGGGAUCUUCAGUUUACUUCUGAGAAUCUGACCUAUGAGGUGUUGCGAAGCCACAACGGCAUAGGAAUCUCCCCUUUGGACUACACACAAAACAGUUUAUCACUCACAGUGGAUGGGGAUUUAUACGCAGCAGCACCUUUGGACAUUGAAGGAAAUUCUUUGCACUUCAGGAGAAAACUUGGCAAGCGGCCUCAUCUCUGGAUGUAUGAUCGCUGGUUAUCAGAGCCCACAUUCAUCUCUGCAUCCUGGGUGAAGCGUAGGGACGAUUCGGAGAAUGAGAAAAUAUACAUUUUCUUUCGAGAGAAAAACUCCAACCACAACCCAGAUGCUGAACCCUGGAUUUCUAGGGUGGCCAGAGUGUGUAAGAAUGAUGAAGGUGGAUCAAAAAGAUUUUUACAGAACAUGUGGACAUCAUUCCUCAAGGCCCGCCUCGUCUGUGGGUUUCCAGAAGAGUCGCUAUAUUUCAAUCGUCUCCAGGACAUCUAUGUGAUGCAUGCCGAUGACUGGCAAAAUACCAGAGUCUACGGCAUUUUCACAAGCAGCUGGAACUCAACAGCGGUUUGCAUCUAUUCAAUUGAAGCAAUAGAGAAGUUAUUUGAAAGCUCAUUGUUUAGGGGCUUUAAUAAAGAAAUCCCUACACCAAGGCCUGGAACAUGCGUGCCAAACAGUAAAGUUAUUUCAUUUGACACACUGAAUGUAGUGAGGGACCAUCCUGAAAUGGUAAACUGGGUGCACCCCCUCCAUUACAAAGCUCCUUUCUAUGUGAGCAACUACAAUUACACCAAGAUAGCUGUUGACCAGGUUAAAGCAGCAGAUGGGCAACUGUACAACGUUUUGCUCCUUGCUACUGAUACUGGCAAGAUCCAUAAAGUCCUAGAAGCUGGUUCGGAGCCUUUCAUCAUAUCGGAAACACAGCUCUCCAACAGUUCAACCAUACAGGCAAUGAAGCUUGACUCCAAAAAGAAAAAGUUAGUGGUGGGUUUUCCUGAGAAAAUCUCCACAGUGGACCUUCAGAAAUGCGAAAACUACAACAGCUCUUGUGCUGAGUGUGUCCUGGCAAGGGACCCAUACUGUUCAUGGACCACAUCUGGAUGUACCCCCAAUAACAUCGAGGGCAUUCAGAAUAUAAAGGAUGGACAUACAACUGUGUGCCAAACAGCAGUAGUGAAUGAAGUAAAGGUAUUGGUCAGGCGCAAAAGGCAGACAGAUUCACUUAAUCACGCAAUCCCCAAAGGCGUCCCCUUCUAUCUGUCCUGUCCUAUAGAGUCCUAUCAUGCUAAGUACACCUGGGAGCAUCAAGGUCGAAACUUUUCUUGCCUGCAGAUGCUUUCUAACUGUUUGCACCUUAUUCCUUCAAUGGAAAUUGAAAACUAUGGUGAAUAUAAGUGUAUCUCCAUAGAGAAGGACUACAAAAAGACUUUGAAACAAUACCAGCUUACGGAGCAGGGGAUUCCAGAUGAAAAGAAAAGCUGUUGUGAUCCUAAACUAAAUAAUGCAAUAGGCCUUUCUCCGCAGCUGACGUGGAUAUUAUUACAGAUUGUGGUGUUGUGGGCAAUUUUGAGUUAAAUCCUGUCAACAACAGUUUUGAACAUGCAAAUAAAGUCCUGAAAAAAAAAAUAAAACUCCCAGACUGCGCUUCAACAAGCCCCACAUCAGCACAUGCAUGGUUUGUGAAGCAAUGCAGCUGUGAGGUUAUAUAAGAUCUGUAGCCACUGAAAAACUAACAGGAAUAAGCAGAAUAUAACUAGGGGCAGUUAGUUUAAGCUUGUUCUCUAGUGUGCAGAAAUGUUAUGGCUUUAGAUAAAUAACUUAACACUGAAUUAAGCAAAGCUUUAACCUGAAUUGAGCAAAGCUUUAGCUUUUUACCACUCUGCACUUUAUAUGAUUCUGAUGUGGUAUGUCUGUAAGGCUGCUCCACCUUAAGAGCUUUGACUUACCAAACCACAAUGGGUUAGGCUUUCUGAAAAAAAAAAAAAAAAACAAGGUUUGGUUUGUUUCUGUUAUCCAAAAAAAAACAAAACAAUCUUAGUCAUAUUUAUGAAGAAAUGAGAGAUCGGUGGUCUUCAAUCAAGUCGCAUUUAUGAACCCUUGCAAGGGGGAACAGAUGCAGUGUUUUCCUAUUUGUACUGGCAAGACCAAGAAUCUGUCUAGCUAAUUAGGAACCAAAAGAAGAACAGGGAGGGUUUCACACACAGCAAAAUCAAAACAAAGUUAGCAUAUUUCCGCAAAGAGAAGGGCAGUUGAAAUAACCUUGAAUUAAAGGAGUCAAAACAUCUAACACUGGUAAGCAGCUUCCCAGGCGACAGUCAGUAAGAUAAGGCUUCCAUCUAGCCUUGUCCAGCAGGUGUUCUGAUUGGCUGAAUACCUUGGUGCGAUAAAUGAAGUAAAACAUGCUCAUAUGUAAGUUAUUAACUGGAAUGUAUCUGUAUUAGAGUGUAAAAUGAUCUUUCCCAUCACAGUUCUUCCUCUUGACCUUAAAAAUAAUUGUUACUGCUGUUGUUAACAACAGACAACUGUAAAAAUGUAGAUCAUGUUUGGAAGUUAAUGUAGUUUGCUAACAGUCAUCCCAGUAGAAGGCUAAAUAAAAUGAAGACCUGUGUCAAACGAGUGGAAAAGCUCUUAAAUUAUUUUACAAGCAAUGAAGGAUAAUACUAUUAACCCAAAUAAUUACAGCACCCUAAUUCAGAUGUUAGCUUACCAUGUGUGGAAAAAAUACAGGCAUUUAUAUACCGCAGCAUUUCUGUAUAACAUAUCGUAUCUCGUACAUGGAAUCCCAUCAUGUGGUGUUUCUGAGAAUCUGUAUGAUUACUUGGUUCAAUCCUGCUGCAGCAACAAAACCAGUGACAUUAGAAUGGGAACAUCAGUAGUCUUGGUAUUAUUAUUAUUAUUGGGACAGUUCACCUCUGCCUUCAUGGUUGAUGUGGAGAUACAUCAGGCUUCAUGUGGAGCAAUGUGAUGAAGGAAUAUUAUAUCUAGAAGGCAGGCAAACUCUCUGUACCGGUCCAUCUGUACCCUGACCGCAAAGGAUAAUGAUUAAGAGAACAACAUUUGCAUAAAAUGUCUGCAAACCUCCCUUAAAAGGCAAGUUGAGCUCAGUCUCACAGACAGGGCAGGGAGCUCCAACAUCUGCAGGGAGUUCAGGUUAGAGGCCCAGCUCCUCUGCAUCCAAUGAUGCAAGCUGAGGACACUGGUCAGGGUCCUGAGAUGAAGUAUGUAAUCUCAGUCUGAGGUUCCUCCAGAAUGAGCUGCAGGGCGUUGCCUUGGAAAUGUCUGGGUAUCCCACCCAAUGAGACCAUGAACACUACCUCUGUGGCAUGACUUUAGAAAAUGAAGUAUUGGAUGGUUGCGUUAAGUUAACCAUUAAUUUGAACAUGUAUUUGUUUUUCUUCGAAAAACUUAAAUGCAGAUUAGAUGUUCAGGAGGUUUGUUAGUAUCCAAAGCAGCUAUCAGUUAGUGCAAAGUACAGCUAACAGUUUAAAUGGGACUAUGUAGUUACUAUGACCUUACAAAUUUCUUAAGACAGUAGCUCCCUCUGGUUUCAUAAAAAGGCUUUGUAUGAUUUUUAUCAUAAUUAGACUACGUGAGCAGAGGUAGGAUAUUGUUAAUGCCUGAAGCAUUUCCAAUUUGUUAAUGCAGGAUGCCAGCUAAUGCAGGCUCAAAAAAUUUAAAGAUUAUGAGGUCAAACACUUUACAUAUUUUUUGUCUUUUUUUCUCCAGCCAUACUAUGAGUAAGCUCAUAUAAAAUAAGGCAUUGAAAUGCAGCCUUGUGUCAGUAUAGUGAAGGAUUGCGUUAUUAGCAUUUGGCAAGGGGACAGAAGUUGAAGGUGAGAGAAAAGGAUGAAGUGGGUUGGUGCAGAGGAAGGAUCCUUGUAUCCUGUACCAUUUGACAGGGAAAAGGUUUAUUGAUGUUGGGAAAUGAGAUAUGCAAAGGAUUGUCAUGGUAGAUAAGGACACUGGCUUCAGGUGGAGAUGAGUCCAACACAGCAGUGUUGUGUCCUAACAGAACCUGCUGGAAUGUUUGACCUGUUUUUCAAGGUGAGACCAGGAUAGAAGAAAUGAAAACACAGCUAAAUAAAUACUCUACCAGGUCCCUCCCGGCUGGGAAGGUUAUUUUCUGCCUUCUGGACUAUUCCAGAGCCAAGUUCAAUAGAACUGAACCCCACAGCUAAACAUUUUUUUGUAUGGGUGGGAAUUUAAUGAUGGAGGGAGAAAACAGUAAACCCAGUGAUAUAUCUGCUGAAGUCAGUAAAAUAGAAGGAUAUUUUAAGAAGAAUGUAUUUAAAAUAAACCUUUCAUUGUGAGUGUCGGCUGCAGAUCUAGCUCACAGUUUUUCUUUACUUACAGACUUUAUGUUUGCAAAUCCACCCGUUAAAGCCAGUAGAACAUAAAGUAGAUCUCUCCUCUUUCUCUUUACUUCAAAUAUAUAAGAAUAUGUUUGUUUUAGAUGGUUCAAUAAGAGCAAAACUCACUAGGGAACUGAUGAUGGGAUUGAUUCAACUUGCUUUCAUUGAAAAGUCUGAAAAAACAAAAACAACUAAAAGCAUAGCUUCCAAAAAAAAAAAAAAAAAAAAACUACCACAGC